AUCUGCACCAUCAGAAGUACUGGAUGAUGAUAGAUGGCUUAGACUAUAUGUAUGUCAAAUUUGCUAGGAUUUGGAUCCCUGAUCCUGAGGAGGUCUGGAAGUCAGCAGAACUUCUCAAAGAUUAUAAACCGGGGGAUAAAGUCCUCCAUCUUCGAUUUGAAGAAGGCAAGGACCUAGAGUAUUGUCUUGAUCCUAAGACAAAGGAACUACCCCCCCUGCGAAACCCUGACAUACUUGUUGGUGAAAAUGAUCUCACAGCUCUCAGUUAUCUCCAUGAACCUGCAGUUCUGCACAACCUCAAAGUUCGUUUUAUUGACUCAAAACUUAUUUAUACGUAUUGCGGUAUCGUCUUGGUAGCCAUAAAUCCUUAUGAGCAGCUGCCUAUAUAUGGCGAAGAUAUCAUCAAUGCCUACAGUGGUCAAAAUAUGGGGGAUAUGGAUCCACACAUUUUUGCUGUAGCUGAAGAAGCAUAUAAACAGAUGGCCAGAGAUGAACGGAAUCAGUCAAUCAUUGUAAGUGGAGAAUCUGGAGCAGGAAAGACCGUCUCUGCUAAGUAUGCCAUGAGAUAUUUUGCCACUGUAAGUGGUUCUGCGAGCGACGCUAAUGUUGAGGAGAAAGUACUAGCUUCCAACCCCAUCAUGGAGUCCAUCGGAAAUGCCAAAACCACAAGGAAUGACAACAGCAGUCGCUUUGGGAAAUACAUUGAGAUUGGUUUCGAUAAGAGGUAUCGAAUCAUUGGUGCUAACAUGAGAACUUACCUCUUAGAAAAAUCAAGAGUGGUAUUUCAGGCAGAGGAAGAGAGAAAUUAUCAUAUCUUCUACCAGCUCUGUGCCUCUGCAGCAUUAUCCGAGUUUAAAACUCUACGAUUAGGGAAUGCACAUUAUUUUCAUUAUACAAAGCAAGGGGGCAAUCCAGUGAUUGAUGGCAUUGAUGAUGCUAAGGAAAUGGUGAACACCAGACAGGCCUGCACUUUGCUAGGGAUUAGUGAUUCCUACCAGAUGGGAAUUUUCCGAAUUCUUGCUGGAAUCCUUCAUUUGGGCAAUGUGGGAUUUACAUCUCGGGAUGCUGACAGCUGCACAAUCCCUCCCAAACAUGAACCCCUCACUAUCUUCUGUGACCUGAUGGGUGUGGAGUAUGAAGAAAUGUCUCACUGGCUUUGCCAUAGGAAGCUUGCUACUGCCACUGAAACUUACAUCAAGCCAAUUUCCAAACUUCAGGCUAUCAAUGCCAGAGAUGCCCUUGCCAAACAUAUCUAUGCUAAUCUCUUUAACUGGAUUGUAAAUCACGUGAACAAAGCUCUGCAUUCUGCUGUAAAGCAGCAUUCUUUCAUUGGCGUGUUGGACAUUUAUGGGUUUGAGACAUUUGAAAUAAACAGCUUUGAACAGUUUUGUAUAAACUAUGCCAAUGAAAAACUACAGCAACAGUUCAAUAUGCAUGUGUUUAAGCUGGAACAGGAGGAGUAUAUGAAGGAACAAAUUCCAUGGACCUUGAUUGAUUUUUAUGAUAAUCAGCCUUGUAUAAACCUCAUAGAGGCCAAAAUGGGCAUUCUAGAUCUGCUAGAUGAGGAAUGUAAGAUGCCCAAAGGCUCAGAUGACAGUUGGGCCCAGAAAUUGUACAAUACCCAUUUGAAUAAAUGUGCACUCUUUGAAAAGCCACGGAUGUCAAACAAAGCUUUUAUCAUCCAACACUUUGCUGACAAGGUAGAAUAUCAAUGUGAAGGUUUUCUGGAAAAGAACAAAGACACUGUCUAUGAAGAACAAAUCAAGGUCCUAAAAUCAAGUAAGAAGUUUAAGCUGCUGCCAGAGUUAUUUCGUGAUGAGGGGAAGGUCCUUAGUCCCACCUCAGCAACCACAUCAGGUCGCACACCACUGUCCCGAACUGUUGUAAAACCAGCCAAGACUAGGCCAGGCCAAGCAAGCAAGGAACAUAAGAAAACUGUGGGACAUCAGUUUCGCAACUCUCUUCAUUUGCUGAUGGAAACCCUCAAUGCUACAACUCCCCACUAUGUGCGUUGUAUUAAGCCCAAUGACUUCAAGUUUCCAUUCACAUUUGAUGAAAAGCGGGCAGUACAGCAGCUCAGGGCUUGUGGUGUCCUGGAAACGAUCCGAAUCAGUGCAGCUGGCUUCCCCUCAAGGUGGACAUAUCAAGAGUUCUUCAGUCGCUAUCGUGUCCUAAUGAAGCAAAAAGAUGUCCUUAGUGACCGAAAACAGACAUGUAAAAAUGUCCUGGAGAAGCUAAUUCUGGACAAGGAUAAGUACCAGUUUGGUAAGACAAAAAUAUUUUUCCGGGCUGGCCAAGUAGCAUAUCUGGAAAAAAUAAGGGCAGAUAAGUUGAGAGCUGCCUGCAUCCGUAUCCAGAAAACGAUCCGAGGCUGGCUGAUGCGUAAGAAGUACCUGCGCAUGAGGAAGGCAGCUAUCUCCAUUCAGCGAUAUGUCAGAGGCUACCAGGCACGAUGUUAUGUCAAGUUCCUGCGACGAACUCGAGCUGCCAGCAUCAUUCAGAAGUUCCAGCGUAUGUACGUGGUUCGCAAAAGAUACCAGCGCAUGCAAGCUGUCACUAUUGCUCUUCAGUCCCUCCUACGAGGUUACAUGGCCAGGAACAAAUACCAGCAGAUGCUUCGGGAGCAUAAGGCCAUUAUCAUUCAGAAGCGCAUGAGGGGAUGGUUGGCCCGUGUGCACUACCACAGGAGCUUAAAAGCAAUAGUAUACCUGCAAUGCUGCUACCGACGCAUGAUGGCCAAGAGGGAACUGAAGAAGCUGAAGAUAGAGGCGCGCUCUGUGGAACGCUACAAGAAGCUCAACAUUGGCAUGGAGAACAAGAUCAUGCAGCUGCAGCGUAAAAUUGAUGAACAGAGCAAAGAGUACAAAUCUCUGUUGGAGAAGCUAACUAGCUUGGAGAACACCUACAGCUCGGAGACAGAGAAGCUGCGAAAUGAUGUGGAACGGCUGCGCAUGAGUGAGGAGGAAGCUAAGAAUGCCACCAACCGUGUCCUCAGCCUUCAGGAGGAAGUUGCCAAACUCCGAAAAGAUUUGCACCGAACUCAGUCAGAGAAGAAGACUAUAGAGGAAUGGGCAGACAAAUACAAACAGGAAAAUGAGCAAUUGGUGUCGGAACUUAAAGAACAGAAUACGUUGCUGAAGAAUGAGAAGGAGGAGCUGAAUCGUCGCAUCUGUGACCAAGCCAAGGAGUUCACAGAGACCAUGGAGAAGAAGUUAGCUGAGGAAACUAAACAGCUUGAGCUGGAUCUGAAUGAUGAACGAUUAAGGUAUCAGAACCUACUGAAUGAGUUCAGCCGCUUAGAAGAACGCUAUGAUGAUCUCAAGGACGAGAUGAACCUCAUGGUGAGCAUUCCCAAGCCUGGGCACAGAAGAACAGAUUCAACUCACAGCAGCAACGAAUCUGAAUAUACCUUUAGUUCUGAGAUCACAGAGGCAGAUGACUUACCACUGAGAACAGAGGAGCCAAGUGAGAAAAGGACACCAUUGGACAUGUCUCUCUUCCUCAAGCUGCAGAAACGAGUUACAGAGUUGGAGCAAGAAAAGCAGUCCUUGCAGGAUGAACUGGACCGGAAGGAGGAACAGGCUCUUCGUGCCAAGACCAGGGAAGAGGAGAGGCCACCGAUGAGAGGCGCAGAGUUGGAGUAUGAAUCACUCAAGCGUCAAGAACUUGAAUCAGAGAAUAAGAAACUGAAGAAUGAGCUUAAUGAGCUGCAGAAGGCCCUGAUGGAAAAGAGCUCUCCAGAGGUGACUGCUCCUGGUGCCCCUGCUUACAGAGUCCUCCUAAAUCAGCUGACUUCAGUAAGUGAGGAGCUGGAGGUACGCAAGGAAGAAGUCCUCAUCCUGAGGUCUCAGCUGGUGAGCCAGAAGGAAGCUAUUCAACCCAAGAAUACCAUGACAGAUUCCACAAUCCUCUUGGAGGAUGUACAGAAGAUGAAAGACAAAGGAGAAAUAGCUCAGGCAUAUAUUGGGCUGAAGGAAACAAAUAGACAAUCGCCUCAAGACUAUCAUAUGCUGAAUGAGGAUGGAGAGCUAUGGCUGGUUUAUGAAGGGUUAAAACAAGCCAACAGGCUUUUGGAAUCUCAGCUUCAGUCCCAGAAGAAGACCCAUGACAAUGAGCUGGAAGCUCUCCGUGGUGAGAUUCAAAGUCUGAAGGAAGAGAACAAUCGCCAGCAGCAGCUUUUGGCACAAAACCUGCAGCUGCCCCCAGAGGCCCGGAUUGAAGCCAGUCUACAGCACGAGAUCACCCGUCUGACUAAUGAAAACUUGUAUUAUGAGGAGUUAUAUGCAGAUGACCCCAUGAAGUAUCAAUCGUACCGGAUUUCACUUUACAAACGGAUGAUUGAUUUAAUGGAGCAGCUUGAAAAGCAGGACAAGACUGUUCGCAAGCUGAAAAAGCAGUUGAAAGUCUUUGCCAAAAAGAUUGGUGAACUUGAAGUGGGCCAGAUGGAGAACAUUUCACCUGGACAAAUCAUUGAUGAACCUAUUCGUCCAGUUAAUAUUCCACGAAAAGAAAAGGACUUCCAGGGAAUGUUAGAAUUUAAGAAGGAGGAUGAACCAAAACUGAUCAAGAAUCUUAUUUUAGAUCUGAAACCACGGGGUGUGGCAGUCAAUCUGAUCCCGGGACUACCAGCCUAUAUCUUGUUCAUGUGUGUUCGGCAUGCUGACUAUCUUAAUGAUGAUCAAAAAGUGAGGUCACUGCUAACUUCCACUAUUAAUGGCAUCAAAAAAAUAUUGAAGAAAAGGGGGGAUGACUUUGAAACGGUCUCCUUCUGGCUGUCUAACACCUGCCGAUUUUUGCACUGUUUGAAGCAGUAUAGUGGAGAAGAGGGGUUUAUGAAGCACAAUACACCUCGUCAGAAUGAACACUGCCUCACCAAUUUUGACCUGGCUGAAUACAGACAAGUGCUGAGUGACUUGGCAAUUCAGAUCUACCAGCAGCUUGUCAGAGUGUUGGAAAAUAUUCUGCAACCAAUGAUUGUUUCAGGGAUGCUGGAGCAUGAAACUAUUCAAGGGGUCUCAGGGGUGAAGCCAACAGGGCUGCGAAAGAGAACAUCCAGCAUUGCUGAUGAAGGGACCUACACAUUGGACUCUAUCAUUCGCCAGCUGAAUACCUUCCACUCAGUGAUGUGUCAGCAUGGAAUGGAUCCAGAGUUGAUCAAGCAGGUAGUCAAGCAGAUGUUUUAUAUCGUUGGGGCUGUGACCCUGAAUAACCUUCUCCUGCGCAAAGACAUGUGUUCCUGGAGCAAAGGAAUGCAGAUACGGUACAAUGUGAGUCAACUUGAAGAAUGGCUGCGUGACAAAAAUUUGAUGAAUAGUGGGGCUAAAGAAACACUGGAGCCUCUCAUCCAGGCUGCACAGUUGUUGCAGGUGAAAAAGAAAACAGAUGAAGAUGCAGAAGCUAUCUGUUCAAUGUGCAAUGCUCUAACUACUGCACAGAUUGUAAAAGUUCUGAAUUUGUAUACUCCAGUUAAUGAGUUUGAAGAAAGAGUCUUGGUAUCAUUUAUACGUACGAUACAGAUGCGUUUACGAGACAGAAAAGACUCACCUCAGUUGCUAAUGGAUGCUAAACAUAUUUUUCCUGUUACUUUUCCAUUUAACCCAUCCUCUCUUGCAUUAGAAACCAUUCAAAUUCCAGCCAGCUUGGGUUUAGGAUUCAUCUUGCGUGUCUGAACCUAAAGAUGCACUGUCAGCUGUUGACAUUGAGUCUGAAAUCUUAAUCCAUUAAAACAUUGUGAGCCACUGAAAACACACUUUUUGAAAGAGCAAUAUGUAUAUACCUAGGCCUUUAGUAUUGGGCAGCUGGAAAACUAGGAAACUGUACUGCAGCUAAAAAGCUGAUAGAAAGUGUUUAUUUGCAUCAGUUAUUGUUUUUAUGCAGACAUAUUGUUUGUUAUGUUUCCAGAAUAUGCAUGUAGGUCUUGGGCAAAAAUUGUGUCUUCAGCUGCAUAGAGACAUUUUUAGAUCUUUAGUAACAUAUUUAAAUAGUGUAAAUUAAAAUCCAUUCAUGAUCUACUCAUAAGUGAGGACUGAUAAGGACAGUCACAACACUAUAAAUAGAGGACUUAAGUAAGGUGUUUUGUAGUAGAAUACAUAGUCACUGAGAAUCUGUUUUCUUUAAAUCAUCAAAACUGGAAUGGGGAAACAAAAACUGGCAAUAUAAAAUAAUUUGUUAAUUGGCUUCCUUAUUUUUGUCACUAUGACAAAUUAUGGAGUGUUUAAAAAGUCUUUCAGCUUACUAUAUGGUAUAACAUAGGUAUUCAUUUGUUAGUACAGUGGUUUACUAAGCCUAUUUAAUUGCUGCUGCAUAUUGUGUUCUUUUAAAUGUACGACAGUAUCCUUUUAGGCGCUAAAUAUUAAGAAACUUCACUUUUUUAUUAUUGACUUUGUUUACAGUCCAAUGCAGUCCUUUCUUUUAACUGGAUUUAUGCAAGUGUCAAGAAAUCAUCUGUAAAGAAAAAUGGUAACUAAGCACAAGUAGCACACUGGAAGUUAUAUGAUAGUUUACUUUAAAGCUAUCUUUUCUUAAAAGUAGUUUACUAAAAAUAUUUAGUGUCUUGAGGCAAAAUGAUCAAAUGUCAAUCAUUGUUUUAGUAUUUAUUUAGAUUUUGUAGUUUGUCAAGCUUUUCCUGUGUUUGUUUUUGUCCCCUGAAGUGUCAGUGUUGUAUUUUCAAUAUCAUCGUCCAUUUUUUUUCAUUGACUUUUUUGAGACAUCAUCUCAAAUACCUAGAGUUGAAAGGAGACAUUUUUUGAUUGAGAAUUCCUUGAGUAGCCCAACACAUUACUUUAUGGAUAUACUGGCUAUCAAAAACACACACCAAACACUGACUGAGAGAGAAACUUUUUGAAAACUAAGCUUCUGUGUCUGUCCACAUAGUGCAUGCAUGAAAAAUAGUUUUAACAGGUUCCAUAAAGUAUUCUGUAAAGUAUUCUGUGGUGUCAGAGAUGCAGCUUGUGGGGCUCCUGGAAGGGCCAGGAAUUUGGGGGGCAGGGUAAGGCCCUCUGCCAAAAUCCUGGAUACAGAGCCCUGUUGGGAAUGUGUUUUGGCAGUGGCCAGGUCGAGUGUUAAUCACUGUAGCUGCCUGAGCUGACACAGCACUGCUUGCCCCACUGCUGCCAACACUCACUCAACCACCAGAAGUAGGUUCAAAUCUGGCCUGGGGGAGCUGAGUGAGUUUGACAACCCCACUGUAAAGAUGCAGAGUGCAGUGACAAAAUGAGUUGUUAUGGUACUUUGCUUCCUGUCAGAGAGAACGUCCCCCCUUGCAUGUCUCAGACCUUGCUCCAGUGUGGAAUUCACAUUUCAAAAUGUGCAGCAACAAGUCAGAGGCCUUGCUUAACUUUCUGAUUCUGAAUCUUAAAAGGUAUGGUCAGUGAUAUACGGUUCAAAUAUACAUAUGAAAAAAAGCAUUACUCUGUUGUAGUGUACAAUAUUUCUAGUGUAUUAUAAACAUUAGUAAUUUUCAUGUUAACAUUAACUUCUUCAGAAAUAUAGAGAAGUAAUCUGUAGGUAUGCUGUUAGAAUGUGCUGGUACUAACCAGUUUGCCUGCAACCUUAACGAAUAAUUUUUCUAUCAGUAAAGGAGACCAGUGCAUUUCAGUUGUUUUCCUUGAGAAAGACAUAUAGCUUUAUAUAUGGUGGCUGAUAAAAUGUGUAAUAAAGAAAGCUUGACCUUUUUUCAGUACCAUUUUGAAAUGCUUAUGUCUUUAUUUCCUAAAAGCGUGCCACUUUUUGCUUAUUGCUCACUACUGAUACAUUCAGAAACCUUAAAAGAAGCAUCUUAUCUAUAUUUUGGAUGCUCUUUGCUAAAUUAUUUAAAUUAUUUGCUUAUGCAAAGUAAACCAAAAGCUCUUCAUUCAAAUAUGUUUGUUAUUUAAUUUCUGAAAUAAACAAUACUGUACAUUGUCCCCAAAUACAGCAUAAUGGCAUGGCAUAUUAACCUUUCAAACUUCAAAAGGUAAUAUAUUUGUUACUAUGUAAUGACAAAUCAGUCACAUCCAGUAACAGUGUAAAACCAGGAAAUAGGGAAAAAUAAAAUCUUUAUACACCUAUUGAAAGAAAACUGGCAUUACAGUAUGUUUUUACUGUAGAUCAUAAAAUAUAUCUACUAUUCAAACAUUCAGCGUAUGAAACUAUGACUAAAAUGUAUUUUUGUUUAUUUUUAAAAUUUGUUUACCUGUAAAAAGCCUUACUGUAUCUUGUUUCCUUAACAAAGUAGUUGUUAUUUAUAGGUAUGAUCCGUAAACUCAGUGAUUUAACUGGUGUUACUUUUAUAUCACAUUAAAAGUGUGUGCUGCUUGACAUGUUUUAAAGGAAAAUGUUUUUGAGUUGAAAUAGAUGUGUACUUGGUAAAUCAUCUAAUACUUUACAUAACAGUAUUUUACAUGCACUUUUCAGAAGUAAGAACUUUAGUGAUGGUGUAUUAUAUUUUUAAAAAAAUCUUUCACCUUGGGUUUAAGGUCUCUAAAUAACCAUGGGAACUAACACGCAAGCCUCUUUUAACGAUUUUCCUUUUCCUUUGAAUCAUGGUUAUGCUCUUUUAAUGUGGACAUAUCUUUUAUAUUUUAAUUCAUUAUCUAUCGGUAUGGUAGAUUCUGUUGGAUGCUGGAAAAUGUUAAUUUGUCAAUGUCCCCUUUGAAAUACACAACUAACCUAAAGAUGCUGCACAAUAUUUACCUCAUUGAGGUCUAGUCAGACUUUUGGAACGUAAUCUCCUGUCAAAUUUUAGCAAAUUGCUACCCAGACCUUAAUCUGGGAUGAAACUUGAAAUACUUAAAAGGUUUUGCUUCAUUUAAGUGUGAUUAUAUAGUCUACUUGAUCAGAAGAGGAAAAUAGAGGUAUACUACAUUUGUGGAAAGUUGAUUUAUAUCCAUUAACAUUUAUUCCCUACUUAGAAACACCAGCAUUUGAAAAAUGAAGGUCUAUAUCAUUUAAGAUUUAAAAUUUCAAAAUACACAUUUCAAAAAUGCCAUACAAAAAUUAGGAGAGAAUUAUGUCUUUUUUUAAGAUGCUGAUAAUACAUCUGAUAAUAAAGCCUUUAAACAUAGGUUUUCACUAGAUAUGACUACAAUACAUAGAUGAAAACCAAAACAAUAUCAGAAUGACAUAAGCUCUGAACUGUUGUAGUGUCUGAUGUUGUACUUAGUAAAUGUGUGCAUCAUAAACACUGUAUCCUAUUAGCUAUCACUGAAAAAAAUGUCCAAAUAAAAAUAC